UAAGGAACGAAUAAAAAAAUAACACAUAACAGCGGGUUUUCAUUUUUUAUUUUCACUGUAUCUUAAAUUCAAAUUGUCAAAACUUCAGUAAAAUAUAAAUAAUAUAAUCUUGCACAUUAAUAUGUACCAAGUGCCAACUAAAAAAGUAAUCAUGUGUUCCUUGAAGUGAAUCUAAGAAAAUAAAAUAUUGUUUUAUCAUCAUCAUUUCUAAUAUAAGUCAAAAUGGAUGAAGAAGAAUAUCCUGAAAACGCUUGGACAUAUUUUGCCCUUUGCGGCGAACCGACGCUUUCCGAAGGAUUACGUUUUGCAAAAGAUUUAAUUAUUGCGAAUGUAAUAUUACGUUUGACCGUACAGUUCAUACCAUUGCCGCACAAUGUAAGGCACAGUGUUUGUAUGGUAAUUGGAAGCUUCUUAUUGUACUACAGCAUCGGACCUGCGUUUAUAUGGACUGUUGGACUCACCACUGCCGCUUACAUUUUACUAAUUUUGUUAUCCUUUAUUACAAGAAAGUGGAGAGGUCUCGUUAUGUCAAUUGCUGUGAUUGGAUUCCUCAUAUCCUGUGAAAUAUAUGUACUCAAUCCAAAAAUGUGGCAACAGAUCAGAGGUAUUCAAAUGAUCGCAGCUAUGAAGAUAAUUUCUGUGGCCAUAGAAAUGGACAGAGAAAUAUUUAAAAGCAUGAUAAAUCCUGUAGAGUUUGGGGGUUACAUCUUUUGUCCAGCGAACUGUAUUCUUGGGCCCUGGAUAUCUUUUCAUACAUAUAGCAAAUACCUUGGAGUUAGAUUUCUUUGCCAGCGAUGGAUUAAAAUAAUUACUGUAAAUCUCUGCAUGUCCAUGUUAUAUUUAGUACUGUCUAACUGUGUUAUUCCUUGGUAUAUAGAUGAUGAAUCAUCCAAGUGGCUAGUUGCUUAUAGAGAUGCCCAAGCAUUUAGAAUGUCUCAUUACUUUGUAUCAAGUUUGUCAAUUGUUUCCAUGGUUAGUGCAGGUUUUGGUUUAACUAAUGACUGCCACUGUGAACUUCAAGUCACUAAACCAUUAUUCAUUGAGUUACCAAGAUCUCUUGUUCAGGUUGUGAUCUACUGGAAUAUUCCAAUGCACCAGUGGUUGAAGAACUAUGUUUUUAAAUCAUCUCAACCAUAUGGUCACUUUGCUGCCAUAUUCACAACUUAUGCAGUGUCCUCAUUGCUUCAUGGAGUUAAUUUCCAGUUCUCAGCAGUAUUACUCAGUAUAGGAACAUUUUCUUAUAUUGAAUAUAAUUUGCGUUAUAAAGUUGCAUCUGCACUGGAAGUGUGUUGUUUGGCACACCCUUGCAUAAAGCAAUGUGAACACAAACAUAAGAAAAAUAGUGUUUUAGCAAUAAUUACAAAUGCUGUUUUCUCAAUUAUUACUAUUAUACAUUUAGCAUAUUUAGGAGUUAUGUUUGAAGCAUCAUUUUCAGUACAGGAAUCUGGUUAUUCAUAUUUCCACACAAUUAGUAAAUGGGAGAAUCUGAAUUAUUUUAGUCAUGGCUUUGCAGCUUUUAUGUAUGUGAUUUAUCUUAUGAUGUGAUAUAGCAAGUAAUCAAAA